AUUCGAUCUUAGAUGCGACUCGCAAGUCCAAUUGUCGAAGCUACUCUAUGACUAGAUAACCCUCUCAGUAGCAACUACUAAGCCGUUGACUGCCCAUCGCCCUCGCGACUAAGCCUUAUUAGCCCGCCAUGGUAUUGGAAGCAAUCAGAUACACUCCAGGUCCUCCCAGCCAGCUGCAAAUCCUCGACCAGCUAAAGCUACCUCACACCGAAGUCUACGAUGACAUCUACUCAAGCUCGGAUGCAUGGCGUGCGAUCAAAGAGAUGCGGACUCGCGGAGCUCCAGCUAUAGCUAUCGUUGCUGCUCUAGGCCUGGCCGUGGAGCUUAACAAAAUGGAAUUAUCAGACAGUGCCCCAGAGGCGGAGAUCUUCAUCAAACAAAGGCUGGAUUACUUGGUCACAAGCAGACCUACGGCGGUCAACCUUGCGGAUGCUGCGAGGAAGCUCAGGAAGAUAGUGGAGAAGGCAGCGGCAGCCCAAGGCGCCACAGGAGAUUCAUUGCGACAAGCUUAUACCAAGGCAUCAGAGAAGAUGCUUGUCGACGAUGUCAGUGACAACAAAGCCAUUGGACAGUAUGGCGCGGAGUGGAUCUUGAAGAAUAGAGCUACAUCCGCAGGAGAAACAGUAAGCGUUAUAACGCACUGUAAUACUGGGUCUUUGGCUACCGCAGGAUAUGGUACAGCUCUCGGUGUCAUCCGAAGCUUACACGCCAGGAAGUCCUUGAAGCAUGCAUUUUGCACCGAAACCAGACCAUACAACCAGGGCUCACGGUUGACGGCUUUUGAGCUCGUGCAUGACCAGAUACCAGCAACACUUAUUACAGAUUCCAUGGCGGCGGCUCUACUGCGAAUCAAAAGUUCGAGCGAAAGUAUCUCUGCCAUAGUAGUAGGCGCAGAUAGGGUCGCCGCUAAUGGAGACACGGCAAACAAGAUCGGUACAUACUCUCUUGCAAUCAUCGCAAAGUAUCAUGGUAUCAAAUUUCUAGUCGCUGCGCCUCGCACUACGAUUGACCUAGAGACAAAAUCUGGUGAACAGAUCAUCAUUGAGGAGCGCCCGGGUAGAGAGGUCACGCUCGUCAAAGGACCCAGACAUGAUGGCGUUUCGUUGGACUUGAAUGUUGUUGAGACUGUAAGCAUUGCUGCCAGCGGAAUCGGCAUUUGGAACCCAGCAUUCGAUGUGACCCCAGCCGAACUCAUCGAUGGUAUCAUCACAGAGGUCGGUGUUGUAGAAAAGGAUUCGAAUGGUGUGUUCCAUCUUGACAAGAUAUUCGAUGGUCUUGACGUGGAAAUGCAUCCUCCGACGAUAGGUGGUAUAUAAAUCUUAGUUUCGAUAGCCAAGCUUGGGAUGCGCUGCGUUUGAGCCUUGGCACAUGUACUCCCAGGCGGCUCUGAGUGAUGUAUACAAAGCAUGCAUCUACCAGUAACAAUACUA